GACGAUUGAACGUGACAGUAUGAUUAGAAAGCGCUCCUCUGCGCCGCUGCACAGCUGGAACUCAGACGCUGCUGUUUUUUACUUUUCGCUCAGGUUUGGGUUGUGUUCUUCAUGUCGGAUUGACCGCGUUCUUUUCCUCCUUUUUGCGCCUUCUGUCUGUUUCUGUCUUUCUUUUCGAGGAUGAAGACGUGAACCCAGUCAAGAGCACCCUGGAGACGCAGAGAGGGACGGCGGGAGGAAAAAAAAAGUAAUAGAAAACAUCCAGAACGCACAGUCCGAUCCGCAGACCACCCCGGCAGCUGCUUUUGAACACUCAUCCUCCGGCCAACACGCCACUUUGCACACACCGCGCUGCUUUGCGCACAAUCCGCACAAGCCGAGAAGCCAACUUUUUCUUUCACUCCGGAUCUUCUGCUCCGAGUUCAGAUCUGGUUCGACAACUGCAGGACCCGGACCCGAACCAAGGUCCAGCCCUGGAUUCACUACUGCUGAUCAAUGGACAGAGCCUCUUCGGCGGGCAGCAGCGCUACAGACACGCCGUAAACAACUCUUUCUCUCUGACUGGAGCUCCAUUGGGGGUGUGGAGGAGGAUGGAGCGAGGAGGGGAAAGUCCUGUCACCCAGGGCAGUCCUGAGCGGAGGGGAGGCAGCCCGGACCUUAGUGGUCUCCCGCCGCCGGGAAAGAAGAGCCGCCUGGAGCUCAACGGGAGCCCUACAGGGCCACGAACUCGCCACAAUGGAGCCCCAUCGCGUCCACUUGGAGGUCUUAUGAUUCCAGUCUUCUGUGUGGUGGAGCAGUUGGAUGGAGGGCUUCAUAGUGACGGAUGUGAGGGAAGAGAGGAGCAUGCUGAGUUUGUGCUGGUCAGGAAAGAUAUUCUCUUCUCCCAGCUGGUGGAGACGGCUCUGCUGGCCCUCGGCUACUCCCACAGCUCAGCCGCACAAGCCCACGGAAUCAUCAAGGUGGGAAGGUGGAACCCUUUGCCCAUCCAUUUUCUUACCGAUGCUCCUGAAGCAACUGUUGCGGACAUGCUGAUGGAGGUCUAUCACAUGGUCACGCUACACAUUCAACUGCAAAGCUUUGCGAAGCUGGAAGAUCUGCCCUGUGAGCAGUGGAACCACACAACUGUCAGGAAUGCUCUCAAAGAGCUGCUGAAGGAGAUGAACCAGAGCACUCUGGCCAAAGAGUGUCCGCUGUCGCAGAGCAUGAUUUCCUCUAUAGUGAAUAGUUCUUACUAUGCCAAUGUCUCCACUGCCAAAUGUCAAGAGUUUGGACGUUGGUAUAAAAAGUACAAGAAAAUCAAAGGGGAUUACCUGGAGAAGAUGUGGGCUGGUCGAGACGCCGCAGACAUUAAAAUUGAGAGGGACAUUUCCGACUUCUGCCUCCUAGGACAGAGACCUCCUCCGCACCUUGCUCAGUUGAGUCAUCUGAGUGCUGGUGGCCCCCUUCUCAAAACUGGAUCUGGUGACCCACAGGCCCCCUCGCAGCCGCUUCAGCAGCCUCCUCCUUCCCAACAACAGCCCUCACCUCAUGGCCCCCUGCACCACAGCCCUCCCCUCCGCACAGGACAGGUGCCUCCCCCUCCCCCACCGCCUCCCCCUGGCGCUUUGCAGCCCCUGCUGGGGCCAGGUGGAAUACUCUCGCCGCAGCUCUCCCCACAGCUGGUUCGCCAACAGCUUGCCAUGGCCCACCUCAUCAACCAGCAGCUGGCAGUGAGCCGCCUGCUGGCACACCAGCACCCUCAAACCCUCAACCAACAGUUCCUCAACCACCCGCCCAUCCCUCGGGGUUCAUCCAAAGGUGGAGGCGAGCAUCCUGGGACCAACCCAUCAGCUGCCGAGGUGUCCUCUGAAAUCUAUCAGCAAGUCAGAGAUGAGCUGAAGAGGGCCAGCGUCUCCCAGGCCGUGUUCGCUCGCGUGGCCUUCAACCGCACGCAGGGCUUGCUGUCGGAGAUCCUGAGGAAGGAGGAGGACCCUCGCACAGCAUCGCAGUCCCUGCUGGUCAACCUGAAGGCCAUGCAGAACUUCCUGAACCUGCCAGAGAGUGAAAGAGACCGCAUCUACCAGGAGGAGAGAGAGCGCACCUUGAACCCAUCGGUUGGCCUGCCCUCCUCCAACUCCACCAACCCUGGAGCCCAGCGCCUCUCACAGAAAGUGUGGGAGAGGAGCCUGGAUGACCCAAUAGCCCCUGAUACCUGGGCCUCCAUCUGGAAGAACAAGGCUAAGAUCUCCAACUCUCCAAAGCCAUCCUGCCCAGGCCCUGACCUCCCUCUGAAGUUGGAGUCACUGGUCAACAUCACGUCUGGCAUCUAUGAGGAGAUUCAGCAGGAGAUGAAGAGAGCCAAAGUGUCGCAGGCUUUGUUUGCAAAGGUGGCCGCCAACAAGAGCCAGGGCUGGCUGUGUGAACUGCUUCGAUGGAAGGAGAACCCCAGCCCGGAGAAUCGUACCCUGUGGGACAACCUAUGUACCAUUCGAAAGUUCCUGGCGCUGUCUCAGGCUGACAGGGACAUGGCAUAUGAGGAGGAGUCCCGACAUCAUCACAGCGAACGGCUGCACACUGUCCUCCACUUGCCGCAGGACGCUCAGUCACUUCACAGGCCACCACCGCUCCCAGUAAAGGAGCACCAUCUGUCUCCAAUGCGUGAAGAGCCUUUACCUACUCAAGCAAAUGAGAAAAUGUCGCACAAUGUGGGAGUCGGAGCAGCAGGCGGAUGUCCUCCUGCUGCAGCCAGCGGCGCUGGCAGUAACAAGAAGCCACGAUCACGCACUAAGAUUUCCUUAGAAGCACUUGGCAUCCUGCAGAGCUUCAUCCAGGAUGUGGGCCUGUACCCCGAUCAGGAGGCAAUCCACACCUUGUCUGCGCAGCUUGACCUCCCCAAACACACAAUCAUCAAGUUCUUCCAGAACCAGCGCUAUCACGUCAAGCACCAUGGCCAUUUUAAAGACCUGGGUGAAGGGGCGGCUGCCAGUGGAGGGGUUGAUGUCAGCGAAUACAGAGAGGAGGAGCUGCUCUCGGGUUCAGAGGAUCCAGAGUCUAGUGAGGAUGGAGUUGAGGAAAUCUACCAGACAGCAGAAGGGAGCAGUGGGAGCUCGGGGGGGCUGAACCAGCCUCUGACCUCCUCCAGCUCCACUUCUAGUCAGUCAUCCUCAGGUACAAAUGUUGCUCAGGAGGAGGGCAAGGAUAAGGGGCCCAAUCGUCUUGGGGGUUCUCUGGUUCCUAGGAGCUCCUCAUCCAGUCCCCAAGAGCAGACUGACUACCAAAGGUAGAAACUGACAGACAUCAUGAGAUGAAGAAGAAACUGAAAAAGAAGAUUGGGAACUUGCCAGGACAGCAACGAAGCAACUGUGUGAGGCAUGAAUGUCUGUACAGGCACACUGAGCUGACAUCCUGUAUGUUGCUGACUGAAACAACCAGACUGACAGUUUAUUGUAACAAUCUCAGAUUUGUGGAAUUUGUGAAUUUACCUCAGAAAAAGACUGCAGGUUUAUAGGAGUGGUUGUAUAACUGUGACAAAAUUACCACAGAAAUGUUUUAAUAUUCCGCCUCAGAUUUCUAAAAGUCUAAUGAAAAUGUUCCUCCUCCUAAUCGCUGAACUCUGAGCACACCUCACAAGGAACAUAGUCACCUGCGUGUUAGGCUUUCUCCCAAGGGGUGAUGAGAACCUGAGGCUUUCACCCACAUCCAGGUGAUAAUGACAUUGGUUUUGCCUGCCUGAGAAUGCACAAGGACAACACUCUGUGCAUCAUCAAGCUUUAAUUCACUGAGGGGAGAGGCCGAAUUACACUUCAAACUCACUGGGAAUCUUGUUUAGCACUUACAGUUCACAAAGACUGACAGUUUUUAAGUGUGAUGUUCUGCUCUCGAGGAACAGCCUGCCAGGAGGAUCAAGAACAAGAAGUGAAAGAGGGACUCUCAGGCCUGACUCCUUCCUGGCACCACGCACAAAUGUGUGGUGGAAGAAAAAUAAAUGGCCAGAAGGUUUAAAGACAGCGCCUAGAUAUUCAGCAACCAAACAAUCAGUCACUUUAUGUGCGGCAGCCGUCCCUUCUCCCUCCCUGCCCACAGUCCUGUGUUUCACCACACCUACCCGCACUUAAACUUCACCAUAGCUAUUUAUUGCUAUCUUUACCCAUGAUUAUUAUUAUCAUAAUUUUUAUUAUUGUUGUUAUUAUGGUUAGAAUUGCUGUCACAGCGUGCUAUUUCUAGGUUUUAUUUCCAAGGUUUAAAACAGUGGUUUUCAGAACUGGGCGGCUGUGUGGACAGCAGACGGUAAAAGUGUGGUGCCUUGUCAAAGUGACGAGGGAAAAGACAGCUAGGGUGGACAUAAAUAUAGAGAAGCAGUUACUGAGCGUUACUGGGUAAAAAAUUGUUCUGUCAUGUUGUCUUAUGCCAUUUUUAUUAGCUCUGUUUCCCAAAAAUAGAAAAGACUUCUUGGAAGGAAGAAUCCAGUGUGCUUCUUUUUUGCUACAGACUGUCUGCUGAUGACAAUCUACUUUUUUGAGCUCUCAAAGAAAAGCGGCGGGUUUAACUCUGUUGUUAGCUUUUAUGUGUAAAUACCCAAAAUGGGAUAAAUUGUUGUUGUUAUACUUGCUUUUUUAUUUUUUUUUCUGAGUGUUUUUAAAUGUAUGAGCCAGUUUGGAGAAACGGAGGACUCGGUGAAAAUGUCAUUGUGGCUAUUUAAAAAACUUGCUCUUCUUAUUUGAUGUCUAGUGCAGUUGUGUAAGCAUGCAGUAUGUUUGAAAUACUAUCUAAGCAUGGAUAACGUCUGGUUGGACGGUCCUGUUAGGCUGCUACACAAACAAUGAGCUGCCUUUUCAAUCAGUACUCUGUUUAAUGAUAUUGUGCUUUUCUGUAUAACAGGAAUCAGGGUUAGACUCAAGUAAUGAAAUCUUUGUCCAUAAAUGUUGAAGUAAAUUAAAAUUUGUGCAUUCAAA